AUGCAACCUAAAUCUGCAACGGCCACCAUUGAGCAUAAUGCACCAGGCGCGGGUAGUGGACGCUACCGGCGGAACAUGUCGUUCAGGGCUCAAGGCCCCCGCAUCGGUCAGAGCGAAAGCAGGGCGGAACUAGGAAGCAAAUGCCUUGGCGAGUAUGUUGCGAACAUCACGAUCACCUGCUUGCACUCAUUCUUCUUCUUCCGUCCUUGUACAGAUCCCUUUGAGAUCAAUUUGCGCGACGAAACCCAGUCGACCAUCAGGAAGGCGAAGGCAGCAGCAGCUCAGAGGAGGACAAGUCGACAGGACGACAGAGAGACGUCCUCAGAUGAGUCUCCGACCAAGCCGACCCAUUCUCCGAGCGGCAGCUUCUCCCGGAGCAGAGGAUCGCCGCACGCCUCCGAUGGCUCGUGGGAAACUGUGACCCAGUCCGCCUGGUCAUCGCCAUCCUCACAGGUGGCCAGUAUCAACAGAUCCUCCAGGUCUCCGACCUUCAGUAAUGGCUUUGGUGUAUUCGACUUCACUUACUCGUCACCGACCCAUGACAAUUCAUUCGACUUCAACUCGGCAUGGUCGUUGCCGGCAGCAGGCUACUCGAUCCCGAUCAAAAGAGUCGCUGAGGCUCUUGGGUCUUGGGACUUUAGCCGCUCUUUCGAUGGCACGACUUGGGGAUGCAGUGACAGCUUCAACGCCGGGGGUUCUACUGUUGCCCCAGUCCUUCCGGGCCUUCAAACGCCACUGGACGAGCAGGCCACGUGCUUCUUUCUAUCAAAUUUUGUUCUGACACUCUCAACCGGUCAGAACCCUGGCCUAUUCAGCUUCGUUCUAAAAAUCCUGCAGGCACCUGGGAUCAAGGACACUCCUUUUCCCAUGGCAUUCACCGCCGUCUCUCUAGCAGCUUUGGCCGGGAGGCCCAAUUCAAGGCAUCUGCUUCCCAAGUCUCAAAUCUACUAUAGCACAGCCCUUGUACAAUUAAAGGAGGCUCUGCAAGACAAGAAACGCGCCACAGCUGAUACGACGCUCGCCACAACAAUACUGUUGUCGUUUUACGAGGGGCUGGCCAGUGACAAUGAGAGUAUGGCUGGAUGGUCAAAUCAUCUAGACGGCGCAAAAGCGCUCAUUCGCCUUCGGGGGAAAAACGUGAUUACAGAGUCGACCCCCGAGGGACUCGAAAUGUUUCAACUAGUGAGAUCAAUGUCGAACAUGUUUGGCUUUGUCGCAAAUCCAUCAGUUAGCGACGUAGAAUGGUGGGGCCAACACGUCGUCUCUGACAAGUCCGGUCACAUCGCCCUGGUGCUCAAUAUGAAGACAACGCUCAUCCGGGCAGAAGCCGACGCGCUUCUCACGUCCGGCCCCAAGACAGCAGGGAAGAUUGACAAGGCCCUAGACCUCCUCCGCCGAGCCCGGGAGAUAGUGACUGAGCUUGGCCGGUGGCUUGAGAACUGCCAUCCGACCUGGCCAAAGUUUGUCUCUGGCUGGGCCAAGGAAAUCCCCGACGACAGGCUUGACAAGGCCACCAGCUAUCCUGGACCCUUGUAUACCUUCCCUAAUGUUUGGGUUGCGGGGAAGCAUCUCAAUACCAACGCAUCACGGAUCCUGCUCGCAGGGAUUAUUGUCCGCUGUGUGCGGUGGAUAUGCGCCCCGUCCGAUCACACCAAGACUGAUGACUAUGCCGAAGCCAUGCGCAUCGGCUGCGAGGAGGUCACCAACGUGAUUGCCAGUGUACCGUACUUUGUUACCUGGCAGGGCGAUCGUACGACCACUCCAUACUUUCCAUGUGGCGCGCCGACAAGCCCUAAAGCAUACAGCGGCGUGACGGCCUUGUACCCGCUGCUCUGUACUGGGCUGAGCGAGUUCGUGACGCCGAGGCAAAAGAAGUGGCUUUGCGGUCGCUUGGUGGGAAUGUCAGAAGCUAUGGGGAUCAAACAGGCCGAGGUCUUCUCGAAGUUCAUUUCCAAUCAGGCGCCCAUAGUGGUUGCUUGA